AUGGCGAAGUUACUCGAGCGGAUCCUGAACCGUCGUCUGAUUAGCGAACUGGAGGCAAAAGGUCGGUUAGACAAACGCCAGCACGCUUUUCGCGCGGGACGCGGUACCGAUACAUACUUUGCCGAGUUGGAGAGAUCGCUACCAACCGUCGAUGAACACUGCCUGAUCGCAUCCUUGGAUCUGUCGAAGGCCUACGAUACCACCUGGCGGCACGGAAUAUUGCGGACGCUGAAGUCAUGGCGGAUACGUGGUCGGAUGAUGAACAUUCUGAAAAGCUUUCUCGCGGAACGUACGUUCCAGGUGUCUAUAGGCGGGCAUCUUUCUCGCGAACGCCCUUUAGAAAACGGAGUCCCACAAGGUUCCGUACUUUCGGUAACUCUAUUCCUCAUCGCGAUGCAGCCUAUCUUUCAGGUCAUACCAGACGGUGUUGAAAUGCUGUUAUACGCGGACGACAUCCUCCUUGUGGUACGAGGAGCAAAAACCGCCGGUCUACAGCGAAAGCUACAGGCCGCCGUAAAGGCUGUCGAUAGAUGGGCUAAAAGCGUGGGGUUCACUAUAUCCGCUUCGAAAUCUCAGACCUUCUACUGCAGUCCGAACGCGCGCCGGGAACCAGCAAAAGAAAUCACUAUCGACCGGAAUCCCAUCCCAAAGACCAACCGUCUGCGGAUUCUUGGUGUUACCCUCGAUAGAACGCUGACAUUUAAGCCCCACUGCCAGAAGAUGAAAGAAUCCUGCGAGUCUCGUCUUCGUAUUCUAAAGAUGAUCGGUGCUAAGCUUCCACGAGGUAACCGGACAACAUUAUUACAGGUGGGUUCGGCAUUAGUGACUGCGAAGUUGACGUACGGUAUCGGACUAGUCAGCCGAGGAGGAACAGCAUCUCUGGAAGUCCUUGCCCCCGCCUACAACAAAAUGAUCCGAUUUGCGUCCGGAGCUUUUGUGACCAGCCCGAUAAAUUCGGUCAUGGCCGAAGCGGGCACUCUUCCAUUUGAAAUGUUGGCCGUACAGACCACAGCGCGGACGGCCAUUCGAAUACUGGCAAUAGAUCGAACCAACAUCUCGCUCCCGCUCAUUCAGCGAACAUCAGACCGAUUGACCGAGCUGACGGGCACGACACUUCCCUCAGUUGGAGAAAUCCUGAGGCAGAGCGACCGUGUGUGGCACGCACGAAGACCGUCAAUAGUGUGGGAUGUUAAAAGGAGCAUUAGAGCUGGCGACCCGCCGGGAAAAGUACGUCCAAUUGUCCAACAAUUGCUGUCCACCCGUUUCCAUAGUUCGACUGUCGUCUACACUGAUGGUUCAAAGCUGUUGGAUAUGGUUGGUGCCGCUUUUUAUACGAAUGGGUUUACGAAUACCUUCAGUCUUCCGAAGGAAUGCAGCGUUUUCUCGGCAGAGGCAUACGCUAUACUGAAAGCGGUUUCCAUACCGAAUGUGAAUCGAGAAGUAGUGAUCCUCACGGAUUCUGCAAGCUGUUUGUCCGCUCUCGAGACAGGAACAUCAAAACACCCGUGGAUCCAAGAAAUUGAAAACAUUGCACAAAAUAAGUCAGUUCGAUUCUGUUGGAUUCCCGGACACGCCGGCAUUCCUGGUAACGAGGCAGCCGAUCGACUAGCGAAUGAGGCAAGAACAGAUCCAGCCGUUGAAGUGCCGAUUCCGGGUGAAGACGCGUUAAGGACGAUAAAGCAAGCGAUACGACAACGAUGGGAGAACAACUGGUUCGAAACACGAGAGGCGAAGCUGAGAGAAAUCAAACACGAUACGUACCGGUGGACAGAUCACGGCAAUGCAGCCGACCAGCGAGUGCUUACACGCCUGCGGAUAGGCCAUACACGCCUGACACACACGUUCCUUCUGAAGAAGGAACCCCCACCAACAUGCGAGUGCUGCGGAACUACACUGGACGUGCGACACGUGAUUUUGAAUUGUAGAAAAUAUGAAAGGGAGCGACAGGAGAAUAAUAUUGGAACGACGAGUUUACGAGACGCCUUAUCAAACGAGGAAGAAAAAACAACUAGGAUUCUGAAAUUUUUGCGUGACUCGGGAUUGUACAAGCAACUGUAG